AUGGCUUCCAGCAGUAGCAACAUUUUCUGCAGAAAAAGAUACAACCGAACACAUGAGCCGCACCGCGGCUUGAGAACCGCCGCAAGCAACACGAAUUCAGAUGCGAGCAAGCGAAGGCAAGAAGAAUGCUACUAUCAUCAACCACCUACCUCCCAGCUUUACCAUCAACAACGUCAGUGUCGACCAACUUUGCAAUUUGGCCCAUGGUUGAGCGCAAUGACCGCCUAUCGAUUGCUGACAAUCAGCAUCCUAAUUGGAAUUCUGUGUCUACAUCACGUUCACGGAGUGGAUCCCAAAUUCGACCCCUCUACACGCAUGAAACUAGUACUGGUGCCGGCAGACGCACAGGUCGGCUCUGUAAUCUACAGAUUGCGUGCAACUGACGAGGAGUUCGACUAUCCAUUGACCUUUGAGUUUAUGGGCGAUGUAUCCUCUUCCACUGUCAAGGUGGAAUCGCUUCCAUGCACCAAGUACAAUUCUGUCUGUCAAGCUAAUAUUGUAUUGCAACGACGCCUUGAGCCAGGCCGCUUCUACGACUUUCAAGUCUCGGUUAAGGACACAAAUGGUGGGACGGCCACGCAGUUGUGUUCAAUUACAGCAACCAACUUUAGUACGCCCCAUGACCUCAUAUUUCCACAUAAGCCGGGCAUCAUCAUGAUACCUGAGGAUGCAAAGCGAGGCACGGAACUAGAUUAUGUAAUUGCCCGGAAAAACCCACUCUUUCAAAAGCCAGUCUACCUCGAGUUAUGGGGUUCGCCUUUAUUUGCUAUAAGACAAAAAAUUAUAUCAGCUGAGACAACGGAAGGAACAGUUUUCCUUUUAGGACCUUUGGAUUUCGAGAAGCAAGCUAUGUACCACUUAACAAUUCUUGCUAAUGAUGCAUAUGCCGAGCCUGGUCAAGAUGGACGAAAUAUUGCAGGAAUAGAAAUUGUUGUUAUUGUACAAGAUGUACAAGAUCAGCCGCCUGUGUUUACUAUGGCUCCGCCAGUUACAAAAUUACAGCCCGGUAUUCUUCCUGGUGAUAAGAUAUUGCAAGUUCAUGCGGAGGACGGUGAUAAGGGGAACCCACGGGAAGUACGAUAUGGUUUAGUUUCUGAAAACAAUCCCUUUACUUCAUUUUUUGAUAUCAACGACACAAGCGGUGAAAUUUUUUUGAUGCGACCACUGGAAGAUAUUGUGGCAAUCACACAUGUGGGCGAUCCCGUUUUGCUCACCGUAAUUGCGGAAGAAGUUAAAGUUGGUCGUGACGAACCUCCAGCAAUGGCUUCCACAGUGCAAUUAGCGUUCUUUCUGCCGGACCGUACCAACUCACCUCCUUACUUCGAGAACGAUUAUUACGUCUCGAGGGUGGAUGAAAAUGCCCUGCAAGGUACAGCGCUAUCGUUCGUGGAUCCAUAUAUACCACGAGUGUAUGACGACGAUACUGGCAAAAAUGGAGUCUUCUCACUGACAUUACUAAAUAAUAACGGUACUUUUGAGAUCACACCAAAUGUAGCCGAGCGUAGCGCAUCGUUUCUCAUCAGAGUAAGGGACAAUUCUUGGUUGGAUUACGAGCAAAGGCAAUCGGUUCAGUUUAAUAUACUCGCACAGGAGCUGGGACCAGCUACUAAUCUUUCGGCAAUGGUGAAAGUCACUGUAUAUAUCAACGACGUUAACGACAAUACGCCGGUUUUCGAUCAGCCGAGCUACACGGUGGAACUCCCAGAAAACAUGACAGUGGGCACAAAAGUCGUGCAGGUUCAUGCAGGAGACUUGGAUUCGGGUUUGGGUGGAAAGGUGCGCUAUACUGCCAUUUUGGGAUAUCUAAAUACCUCUCUCAAUCUGGAUGCGGAAAAUGGAUUAAUCACAGUUGCAACCAAUACCCACGGUUUUGAUCGCGAAAUAAUGCCUGAGUAUCACUUGUAUGUGGAGGCUCGGGACAUGGAUGGUAUUGGCAAUCGAGUACAAGUUCCGCUCAUAAUCAAGCUGAUUGACGUAAACGAUGAGGCACCCAUCUUUGACAAGGAUUUAUACGAGUUUAUACUGGCAACCGACCUACUGGGUUUUACGACCAGCGCUGUCAUACAUGCCACUGACAAGGAUGCUACAGCGCCAAAUAAUGAAGUGCGAUAUGAACUAAUCAAUGGCAACUAUGAAAAUAAUUUUGUUUUGAAUAAGCUGACGGGCGAGCUAACAGUCCGAGAAAAGAUCCAUCUUCGCUCGAAAAAGCAUAUCACCCAGCGAAGACGCCGAGAUGUACAUACCAUGCCACUAUCCGACGAUGAGGGCGAUUUAUUUAUUCUGACCGCUAGAGCCUACGAUCUAGGAGUGCCAGUGCGUUUUUCGACCACGACAAUACGCAUCUAUCCACCAGAGAGCAGAAAGCGCAUUGUGACAUUUGUAAUACCAGGACUUAAGCUGGACAAGCGCCAAACAGAGGAAACGCUAUCUGCAAUAACUGGAGGCAAGGUUUUUAUUCACGAAAUUCGACCCCUCAGACCCGAUGAGCCUGGUGCAAAAGACAUACUCGACGGUAAUCCAAACAUCAAGGAGCGGAGUGUGGUCACCGCAACUGUGCUCUAUGACAGGGCAUCAGUAGUUGAUAUCUCGCAAAUACAACAGCGGCUCUCGCAGCAUAAUAACUCUUACGCAAUCAUGCCACAAGACACAGCCGAAACAGCCACGCAGUAUAAGGCUGAAAAUAAAGUUUUAUUUUGGCUUCUUAUACUACUGGCCACGUUGGUUGCCCUUACGAUCUUGAUCUUACUGCUUUGCUGUAUAUGCUCGUGGUGCCCUCUAUAUAAUGCAACUACCAAAAGAAUAGUUAAUAUCAGUAAAACUGAAGACGAUGUACAUCUAGUGCAUAGAGAAAUGGCAAAUGGAAAACAAACAAAAUCUGUUCAGGUCGCCGAGUGGAUGGGAAGACGGGAGGCUUGGUCAGCGGAUAAACCAUCAAAUACACGAACAAAGCCUACCCGCUGGGAAUUCCGCGAUGGACGUGAACAGCCUGAAAACAUAGAAACGCAACAGUCUAUUAUUAAUAGCGAUCGCGAUGCAGUUCGGCGCGCAGAAUCCGCGGAAUAUCAACAAAGACGCGUCCGCAUUAAAAAUAGCCACACAACCAAAGACGACCCGCAUCAUAGUUUCCAUGACUCUAGAACUAAUUUAAUAAACGAUCGUGACGUUUAUAUUGAAGACGUAAUGGAUGAUCACCACCUAGUUGAAAUAAAAGAAAACUUUUCUCGUGGCAAAGAAAACAGACCUCAGGAUAAUGGUCGCUUGAAAAACUACGACUCGGAAGCUCGACAAAUAGACGAUGAUUCUAUACGAAGGCACGAAAUAGACCGUGGAAGCGACGUCGACUUUAACACUGCACAAAAUAGUCUCAAGAAUAAGCGCGAACUUUUUAUAAAAGACGGAAAUGUCGAGAUUUUACAGCUAAUGACAAGAGAUAAAACUCGAGACGAUACUGUAUUGGAUGACGACAAUAUCUACGUAAAUGUUCCAGUGAAGUCAUCAAUAAAUCUUUCUCAUCCACAAUUAUUAAUGGUGGACAACACGGGUAAGGAGAUUUUAAUGAGAAGAUUUAUUGAAGAGCAGCCCGAUGGAAAGCAGAUAAUACGUGAACACUAUCAUAUUGUCCCAGGUGCAACAUAUAUUCAGUCAAUGCCAAACGAAAUACAACAAGGAUCAACACUUAAGGGCGAUACUUUUCCCUUGGGUAAAUCGGGACCAAAUAGUGUUGUCUACUCCCAAACGGAACCCGAAGUAAAAGUUAUACAUACCCAGUCUGUUCAGGGUGCUGAGGAUAUAUCCCAGCUUCAACCCGUUUUAUCAAAUCAAUCUCUUACACAUGAGCUGGAGCACUCGCUUAAGCAACAGAAUGCGCUUUUGCGACAAAUAUUGCUUGAAAAGGAAAAACUAGAAACUAGAUACACCCGGCAGGAAAUAAUUUUAGAAACACAAAGUCUUCCGGGCCAAUCAAUGGCUAUAGGAACACAAACCGACUGCGAUGCUGGUACUCAAACUGAACCGGCUCAUGGCUCCAUUGGAAAUCAAUUAAAUUCACAUUACAAAGUGGGCUCCACUCGCCGCCGAGCACGUAGUGAAAAUGACGAUUCGAUGUCAGAGGAUGAAUACAAAUAUGUGCGUUUCAGUCCACCAAAUAGCCCCGAAGGCGUCUAUUGGAUAAAGCGUCAUCACCCCAAAAGGCGUUUAAGGCUACGCGGCAACUCACAACCUCGAAAUAGAAUUGUUUUGGUUGAAGAGGUGAAGCACAAAAUCCGCACUCCUAUAAAGGAGGAAGAAGAAAUAUACGAGAAAAUGAGACGUGUACCACCUAAAAAGCCACUUCGCGAAACAAAAACAAGUAUUUUGCGUAAGCAGUUGAGCAAUGAAAAUCGAAGGAUUGAGGUUGACGAGCACAAUGAAUCUAAUAGAAAGCACAAAUCAGAAGCACUAAGCCGAGAGAUACUUAUGGAAAUAUCGGACUCUCUAGAUGAAUUCGGAAGUCCACGAGAGCAUAGAACAGCUCAACAGUUCUAUGACAACUUGGAUGACGAAAACGAUACUGAAUACUCAAUUGAUUCGGAUGAUAAUGAAAUUGUAAUUAGGACAAAUGAAAACUCAUCUGGCUGUGUGCAUCAACAAAAUGUUUACGCUAAAAAGUCAAGAGACCCAGAGCUUAAUGAACUACAAAUUAAGAAUUCAAACCAAAGUAAAUCCAUAAACACUUCGCCAUCGGAGUCACGAGAAAUCCAACCCGAGGCUAGGCCGAGACUUUCACGCAGAGACAGUUCUAAGCGCAGCCAUAUUUCCCGAAAGCAAACAUCUUCGGAGCCACCGCAUAACCGAGCUUCAAUUUCAAAGUCUGAAAUGCAUAUAAGCGGAAAUGAGAGAAACCGCGUUACUAAUUCAAAUGAAAUGAGUGGUUUGAAACGUUCCUUAAAUGAUCGCUUUUAUCAAAGUGAAACAGAAUUAGCCGGUCACAAUGAAACAACUGCACGAAAUGUGCCCAAAUAUAUGGAAUGGUAUUACAGUAGGAAGAAGCCCUCUUUAAGCGGGCGAACUUCUACGGAGUCGUCCAAAUCGCAGUUGUCAGCCAAAAAGAAAAAUGUUGCUCCAGAGAAACGUGUGUCGAAAACGCGAAUGCACUCAAAGUCGGAGGAUCAAGCACAAAAUGAUGCCGAAGGGAUAUUUAAACCGGAACCCGCACCUCGAAGAUCUCCACCAAAAGGCAGUCGGCUGCUCAAAGAGGAUAGAGAUUUAAAUAAGCAACACAAGCCCAAAACAGAGACUGAUACCAACCAUCCGCUCUUACAGCACUCUGAACAUCGUUUCGAACGUGAAAACGCUCCGGACGUGCCACCUCCUCCCACCAAGUUGCCACACUAUAUGUAUCCGGAAACUCCGCCCCAUGCGACAUCAACGGAAAAAGAUCAACUAUCUCAGAGGCACAAGCCGAAACCGUCGCCCAUAAAAGAGAACGAAGUAAAGCUAACAAAAUCAAAAAUAAAUCUUUAUAUAGAAGAUCAAAAUACUGUACACCUCCCUUCUCAUGCUCAAAAGCAGCUGAAUGCAUCUACUCUGGAAGAUGACCACGACUCGGGCAUUGCCAUGAACUCUCUAAUGAAUAGUAUGGGCCGUAGAAAUCCAAUAGCCAAAAAGAAAAGUGUUUUCUCAAUUGCAUAUGACGAUGUUAGCCGCGUUAAGAAAAUGCCAUCAGGUGGAGAGUCUCCACAAUAUUCAUAAUGCUAACUUUAUGAAACAUUUAAAAGUAAUCAAUAUAUGUAUGUGAUAGCCUCCAA